AUGAAACUCCUCUUGGUCAUUGCCUUCGUGGGAGCAGCAGGUGAGUCUUUCAAAAUGCCAGGUUUUAAAAGAAUACAAAAUGAGCCCCUGUUUCCAGUGGGUUUUGGGGUACUGUUUUGAAAAGAAUUUGUUAGCUCUUUUUUAUGGUAUGUCUGCAUAUCACCUUGAGACAGAUGUAAAAGGUGAUUCAUAAAUUAAUUUAUUACAGAGUAAUGAGGAGGUUAUAAAAUAAUGGAGUUCUGAAGUCGUGGGUCUAUACUAGGUAAGACCGUUGCUGUAGAUCAGCCAUAGGCAACGUCGGCCCUCCAGAUAUUUUGAGACUACAACUCCCAUGAUCCUUAGCUAGCAGGACCACUGGUCAGGGAUGAUGGGAAUUGUAGUCCCAAAACAUCUGGAGGGCCGAGGUUGCCUAUGCCUGCUGUAGAUGCUUGAGGAAUUCAUUCUUUAAGAAUUCUAAUGUAAAAUUAUCUGAUCUAAAAUGUGGAUUGCAACACAGUGAUUCAUUAGUUUCUGCACUUUCCAGUUCUCAAUUCAAAAAUCAUAUAGAAACAUAUGACAUCUCUUUUGAGAGAAAAUACUACUAAUUUAUUAUUUCUACCCCCACCCAUCUGGCUGGGUUUCCCCAGCCACUCUGGGCGGCUUUCAACAGAACAUUAAAAACUGAGUAAAACUUCAAACAUUAAAAACUUCCCUAGACAGGGCUGACUUCAGACAUCUUCUAAAAGUCAGAUAGUUGUUUAUUUCCUUGACAUCUGAUGGGAGGGCGUUCCACAGGGUGGGUGCCACUACCGAGAAGGCCCCCUGUCUGGUUCCCUGUAACCUCCCUUCUCACAGUGAGGGAACCACCAGAAGGCCCUUGGAGCUGGACCUCAGUGUCCAUGCAGAAUGUCAGUGUCUGAGCUGAAUGAUGGGGAUAGAGAUGCUCCUUCAGGUAUACUGGGCCGAGGUACAGUAUACAGAAAAUACAGAAACUGAGAAGAGAUUUAAAAAUAUUCAUUUAAAAAGACAUAUGUUUAUAUGUGCAUCUUCAUGCAGUGUCUUUUAAAUACAGAUUUGUAUGGGAACUGGACAGAGCAGUCCUAUGGGUGAACAUAUGUAAAACUGAUUUGCACAUCCCUAAGAACCAGAAAUAGAAAUAUUCCUGAGAUGUGACCACAUGAAACUCAAGGGAUCGAGCAACUGCCUCUCCCUUCUUAACCUUAACUUCAAGGCCAGGUCAUGUUAUCAAGAAGAAACUGUGCCUAAUUUGGGGUUUUGUUUUGCUUUCUGAAGAAUCCAAGUUACUUUGCAGUCCGUGCUCAUUCUGAUUUUCCCUGUUUUUGUCAGUUGCUCGCCCCUUUGAUGAUGACGACAAGAUUGUGGGAGGAUACACUUGCGAGAAGAACUCCGUCCCCUACCAAGUAUCACUGAAUUCUGGGUACCACUUCUGCGGGGGUUCCCUCAUCAAUGAACAAUGGGUUGUCUCAGCUGCUCAUUGCUACAAAUCGUGAGUGACUGACACUUCCUUUCUCCAUUGCCGUGUUUGUACUGCAAACCCACAAGAUCUCAACAUUUCAGCAGAGCUGGAGUUUAGGAAUAGUAAGAACCAGUGUGGGUUUCGAGGGCUCCAGAUUGUUCAGAGUAGACCCCUCUCGUUUUUAUGUAACUAAGCAACACUACAGCCCAUUGCCAUGAUGGAGCCAUUGGUAGCUGCAUCUGAAUAUAGAUUUUGAAAGCAUAUUCUGGGUGGGUCUUCCAGGACAAUGCGCUGAACUAGAUCCUGAAGUGUAAAAUGAAGAAAGCCCUCUAUUGAUCCAGGAAAGGCAAAAGGCAGGAUUUCUAAUAUUUAUACUAGACCCAUCCAAUCCAGAGACUUCUUGCCAUCUGUCAAAUGCUGUCUCACAAUACCCGAAGCCUCCCUGAGUCCCUUUGGGGAAGGGGCAGGAUAUAAAUUUAACGAACAAACAAACAAACAAGCAUUUCCCUCUGAACGUAAAGAGGACUCUGAGAUCUGAGCAUGAGGAUUGAGCCACAAAGAGAAGUUUCUCUGUCUUGAGUCUCACACCUUUCGCUAAAUUGUGUUGUGUACUUAGAGCUUCGCUGGGAUUAUUUCCAGUUUUUAUUGAACAUAGUUUAUUUACCAUUUCAGUGCUUUUUUUCUAGAAGAAGAAGUGCCAGAGCUCAGCCAUUUUAUUGUAGUAACUCUUCUAACUGGUUUACAUGAAAUCUGGAAUCUAAUGUGCAAUUUAAAAAAACAAACAAAAAACCCACAAAAUUUCCAGGGACAGCAGAAAGGCACCACUUAUAGUCAUUUUAAUGAACGGGCUGGUACCAUGCUGUUUCUUAUUGUAACAAUUUGUAUGGCUUUAAUAGAUACAUAUCUCUAUCAAUGUAUGUUUAAUUGUUUUUUUAUGAUAUGUUUUUCUGUGUUUUUAGCAAUUCAUAUUUUUAUGUCAGGUAAAAAGGUGUGGGGUAUAAAUAAAUAUAAAGCAACAACAACAACAAUUAAUGGAACAAUAUAAAUAUAUAUCUAUUAUUAUUGUUGUUGUUUAGUCGUUUAGUCGUGACCGACUCUUCGUGACCCCAUGGACCAGAGCACGCCAGGCACUCCUGCUAUUAUUAUUAUUAGAAUUUAUUUAUUCAGUAUUCACAGAGAGAGACAAAGGAAUGCAGUUUCUAUUAAAUAAUGGCGUUGCUCCUAGUGAAGUCCAAACCCCUCUGUCUCUCCUAUUCUACGUCAUCCCUACAGUGGUUGAUCUGAGCUUUCUGCCUCUGAGCUUUCUGUUCUACUACUCGCAAUGCCCGCCUAGUCCUGGGAUGGGGGGUCAGGAAUGCUUUCCAUAGACACUGAAUCUAUCAGCUGUCUCUCCCCCGAUCCUUCUUCUUCCUGCUAUUCUUCUCCCAAUAUUUCCCAGCUUUCCCCCUCUGCAGCCUCUGAACUGUGGCCUUCUGCAAACCACUGUUCUAAAUCUAUACAGUGGUACCUCUGGUUACGUACUUAAUUCGUUCCCGAGGUCCGUUCUUAACCUGAAACUGUUCUUAACCUGAAGCACCACUUUAGCUAAUGGGGCCUCCCGCUGCUGCCGUGCCACCGCUGCACAAUUUCUGUUCUCAUCCUGAAGCAAAGUUCUUAACCUGAAGCACUAUUUCUGGGUUAGCGGAGUCUGCAACCUGAAGCGUAUGUAACCCGAGGUACCACUGUAUUGUCCUCCUGUUCUUGGGAAGGUUCAGGAGAAGGGGGGGCGGCCCCCCACCAUUCCUCCUCAGUCUAACCCCUGACAGGCCAGACACCGCGCAGUGCGCUCAAGCACCCUGUCAACACUUGAUUUUGCAGCCGCAUCGAAGUGAGGCUUGGAGAGCACGACAUUAUGCAGGUGGAAGGAGGCGAGCAGUUCAUCAAUUCCGAAAAGGUCAUUCGCCAUCCGAAGUACAACUCUUGGCUCCUGGAUAACGACAUCAUGCUCAUCAAGCUGAGCUCCAAUGCCGAGAUUUCCUCACGCAUCACCCCCAUCACCCUGCCUAGCGGAUGCGCAGCUGCCGGAACUGAAUGCUUGAUUUCAGGGUGGGGCAACACUCUUAGCAGUGGAGGUGAGCAUGAACAUGGUUUAGUCAACCCAUCGGCAUUUAUUUAUUUACUUAUUAUUUAAACUACCUUUCAACCAAGGUUCCCAUCUCAGCAGUACCUAAUUCCACAGCUAACAAAACAGCCCACUUUCUCAUCGAUCCCCAAAGGUCCGAUGGGGCAGAUAGAAAAGGUGUCAGAGAUAGAGGGGCAAUUGCAACUCCGACGGAAGAGUUUCGCAAUCGAGGUGCCAUCACAGAAAAGACCCUGCAGCAUGUCACCGCAAAGGGGGGCCACACCCAUAGAUGGAACCCCUAGAAGGGUACCCCCAGUCUCAACACAUGGGCCAGUUUAUAAUGUACUUUGACUCCAACCCAAGUCCUGCAGGCAUAUGAAAGGAGAACAUCCAUUUGCUGGCACUCUGGUGGGCUUGGGAGCACUAGGCGGUACUGUCACCUCAGACAUAGCAGAUGUGCGCACACCAGGUCUACGUCCGCCCCUGCAUCCCCCCGCCAUGUGCUGACCCCUGGGCACUCCACCUUCAACCUUCCCAUAUGUAAUGGGAAUGUCUGAAGGGGGUUUCUAAGCAUAUUUGACUUUGUAAGCCCAGAAGCAAUGAAAUCAGGAACCCUGGUCAAGCAAGGCACCUGAUCAUUCAGCUACUUCUAAGUGUGUUCAUUCAAGUACACUUAGAAGGCCUUUAGCUGUGAUUAGUAGCUCGAUUCAGAAAUAACACCUGAAUGGGCCUUAUAUUUGUCACGUUUUAACUGUAAGAAAAGGUUUCGUUUCUAGAAAAAGAGAUGGGGCUCAAGUCAGCGUACUAAUCUAGAGCAGGGGUCGGCAAGGCUUACUGGGCAUGGGCCGGAUCACUCCUGCGGAGAUCCGGGUUGGCGCAGCACGAUGCCGGAAAUCAUGACUGCGCAUGCCUGUGGCGCCAGAAAUCACUUCUGUGCAUGCCCAGACGCCGGAAAGCACACCUGCGCAGGUAUAGGUAUAGGGCAGUAUAUAAAUUCAAUAAUGAAAUGAAAUGAAAUGGAAGCACCCCGGCAAGUUUGAUAUCUUGUGAGUUGAUCAGCCUUUUUACAUAAGGCUAGAGGCCCACAAAGAUAGACAACAUCUCUCUUCCCAACAUUCCUGGCUUGUUGUCUUAGUUGCACCCCUUUGCCUUUUCCUUCCAGUCAACUACCCUGACCUUCUCCAGUGCCUCAAUGCUCCCAUCCUCAGUGACGCCGAAUGCCGAGAUGCUUAUCCAGGGCAAAUCACUGACAACAUGAUCUGUGUCGGGUACUUGGAGGGCGGCAAAGACUCUUGCCAGGUGAGAGGAUUCACCUUCAGUUCCAUUAUUAAAUGAGGAGCUCUGAGCCCUUGAAAAUACAGUGGUACCUCUGGUUAAGAACUUAAUUCGUUCUGGAGGUCCGUUCUUAACCUGAAACUAUUCUUAACCUGAGGUACCACUUUAGCUAAUGGGGCCUCCUGUUGCCGCUGCGCAAUUUCUGUUCUCAUUCUGAAGCAAAGUUCUUAACCCGAGGUACUAUUUUUGGGUUAGCGGAGUCUUUAACCUGAAGUGUCUGUAACCUGAAGCGUCUGUAACCUGAGAUACCACUGUAAUUAGCCACAUUUUUUUUUGCCACUCAGCUUUCUUUGGCAGUAGCCACAAAUAGUUACAGGUAUCCUGUAAGAUGUCAGUCCUGAGUGGGAGCAAAGCUUGAACUUUGCAUGCAUGGGUAUAGCCAGGAUUUUUGUGGGGGGGCAGGCCUUUUGUUAGAGGGGGCAGAACCGACGUGAUUGGUCAGUUAGUUAAGUAUUUCUAUUGUUUUACCUGAUGAGGGGGGCAGCUGCCCCCCGCCCCCUCCCCUUGGCUAUACCGUUUGCAUAAUACACUUUGUGUUUAUGCUGCUUCCACCAUUUUCUGUGGUGGAGGUGGGGAUAUUUGCUAAGGAUCAGGUUGCACACUUUGUCUGAGGGCGAAAUCAGCAUCUUAAGCAAGAAUCACUGCUUGCUUCCUCAGAGGCUGAAUUCACACUGCAAAGCAACUAUGCUACAGCACAAGGUGGGGUAGACAUUCAGUUCAGUUCCCAUGUGAAGGCAAACCUACAUAAUUCACGCUUUCUAAAACAAUACACAAAGCAAAGCACAGCUCUCCCCUAAAUUCACACAUCUCCGAAUAUUGCAAUGCAGUUCUUUAAGCAAGUCACAUAAACAAAAAACACAUACGUGCUAGAGUAAAGUGUGUCUAAAAAUGAAUUAUUGGCGAAAUGCAGUAUAUUGCGGGAAAUUGCUUUGCAAAAAUCUGCAUAUUAGCCAUAUAAAAAUGUGCAUAUUUAGCAUAUAAAAAUGUGUAUAUUCAGAGAAAUUCACGCAAAAAUGCUGAUAAAUUAUCCCGAGGACUUAAAGAAGCACAAAACCUUAGGUGGAAAUGUGGAGAACUAAACUUAAGUCUGGAAAAAUCAGAAACCAAAACUAUUUGGCUCAUCGCUUGCUGUAGAGCACCUAUUUAAACACUGCCAUGUUAUCUGGGCACUUGCUUGGUGUGACCAUUUUACUGUGAGAAUGGGAGAACUCUGGUUGCUGCUGCUCUUCUGUUCUUGUGGGCUGGCAGGAGAAGCCCCCAAACUGGGGUAAAGACAUGGAGAAGAGAAAUUCCCAGAAUUCAAGGGAAAACAAGACUUUAAUUGAUUUCCCCCCCAAUUUUUUUAUUGAUUUUCCAAAUUUAUAACAAACAUAGACAGACAAACAAACAUAAAUCCCAACUGUAAUAGUUCCACUUUUGUUAACAUUGUUAGAUGACUUCUUCGAAUCCCCCUGGCUGAGUUUCAAUGUAAAUCAUUGUAACAGUUUUCCAAAACUAAUUUCUCAUAAAAUUUACUUAGUCAGUUAACAUCUUUCUUUCUUUUCAUAUUAACUUUAGACAUAUUAUUCUAUAAUAUCACAUAUUUAAAUCCUAAGCCUAUCUGGUAUUUGCAAGUUUUUCUAUUUAAAUGAUCUUACCAUAUUUAACUAAAUAGUCUUUGAAUUUCACCCAUUCCUCCUCCUUCUGGUCGCGGACUCUUCCGGUCAGGUCGGCUAGCUCCCAAACGUCCAUCAUCUUCACCUGCCAUUCCUCCACUGUUGGCAUUUCUUGUGUUUUUAAUUGAUAUUUUUGCUGUCGUACAAGGAAAAGCAACAUGACCUGGGCUGCAUGCAUGCCAUAUUUCACUUGCAACCUCUUUUGUCUCGCAGGGAGAUUCCGGUGGCCCCGUGGUCUGCAAUGGCGAGCUCCAGGGCAUCGUUUCAUGGGGAAUAGGCUGCGCUCUCACUGGCUACCCCGGAGUCUACACCAAGGUCUGCAACUAUAUUGACUGGAUCCAGGAAACCAUUGCUGCUAACUAA